GUUAAUCUGAUUUUCUCUCCACCUCGCUCUCUCUCUCUGCUCCCUUCUCCUGCACCGAAAACGUCUGGAUCUCUGUUCCUUCGCUAACCCUAGGUCCCACCCCUGCUGGGGUAACAAAAAGGGGUUCCUGGCUCCCUUUUCCUUGCCCCUCCAGUCAGGAUGGUUCUCAUGAAGGCCAAACUCACUUUCCAAAAACGUGUAAAGCUUGCUCAAACCCUAUGGCUACUCUCCUGGCUCAGCGUUUUGGUAGGUUGCCUAACCUUUGGAAUGGGGAUCUUCCUAAAGGUGCAACUUUGGAUACACAAUGAAGUGAUGGAUAACACGGCAGCACAUGCUGUCCCCAAUACAGUAAUAACAGCUGGCCUGGUAGCUAUCCUGCUCAGUCUUUUUGUGGGAAAAAUCAGCCAGGACUCACUGGAUAUGACCAAGUACCCACGCUGGAAGCCCUUCAUGACUGCCUAUUUCGUUAUCGCUGUCCUGAGCUGCUCAGUCUGUUUAGCUGCUCUAGUUCUUAGUGUGGCAAUGCGAGGAAGCCUGGAGGAGUCACUGAAGAUUGGGCUUCGGAAUGGUAUUAGAUUCUAUAAGGACACAGACACCCCUGGCCGUUGCUACCAGAAGCGGACCAUAGACAAGCUACAAAUGGACUUCCAGUGCUGCGGGAACAACCAUUACAAGGAUUGGUUCGAGGUACAGUGGAUCAGCAAUCGAUACCUGGAUUUUAGCUCCAAGGAAGUGAAAGACCGUAUUAAAAGUAAUGUAGAUGGACGGUACCUUAUGGAUAGUGUUCCAUUCAGCUGCUGCAAUCCAAGCUCUCCUCGGCCCUGCAUACAGGUCCAGAUUACCAAUAACUCGGCCCAUUACAGCUACAGCUACCAGACGGAUGAACUAAACAUCUGGGUGAGGGGUUGCAGAGAAGCACUGCUGAAUUACUACACAGGAAUCAUGGCAACCAAUAGUGCAGCUGUCUCCAUGUCUUUAAUUCUGCAGGUCUCGGUUCUGGUCAGUCUGCGAUACCUUCAGACCUCUAUGGAUAAGAUCACUGGUGUGGAGGACAUGGAAACAGAUUCAGAAGGAUUCCUUCUGGAGAAGGGAGUGGGAGAGACCCUUAAUAGCACAAUAGAGAAAACAAAAGCCCUUUUCAAAUCCAAUCAGGUGGAGACAGAGGGGGGAGGGUAAGUUGGUGGCAAAUAGAGGUAGGAAUGAAGGAAUAAAGUUAUGGGGGGUAUAGAGACUUUAGAGAUAUUCCAAGGCUGCUUGUAUAUUAAGUACCUGCCCUCUAUAACCAAGAAACUGGUGUGCGUUAUCCCUAUGUGUCUGCCCUAAACACGUAUGAGAGGGAGGACUGUCUAUAGAAGGUGGUGGUAUACCCAAAUGUAGCUUCCAUAAUGUAGAUUAAGCAGAGACAUGAAUAAAAAAGAGAUACUGCUUCAAGUGUGUGUUGUACAGUGGGGAGUAUGGGAUGGGAAAGAUACCCGGGAUGUAUUAUGAUGAAACACACACAAAGGAAGAAGUACAAUGACAUACACAGACAUGGCUGUACAGACUGUGCAAUGCACAGACAAUGAAACCAGUUUUACAAUAACCCUGCUUUAAAUUGGUGUGUCUUCAAUGUAAACAUAUUUAAUAAUGAAUACAGAAUUUGUUGUCACA